GAAUUGCCUGACUGCUCGCCUUUGCGCAGGACUCAGUCAUCUGCGCUCUGUCUCCAAGCCCGUGUGUGAAGGCAGAGCGGAAAAAUGAACUCUGCUGUGAAAUGGUUGCUUAUCCUCUUCGCCCUCGUUUCCAUCAUUCUUAACAUCAUCCUGAUUGGCAUUUACUCCAACAGGGCGCCCAAAUGCUCCGCACAGCGCGUGCACCCGCUGCGAGGCAAGCACGACGAGCGCAGCCUCGUGUUCGCGGACCUCACUCAGGAGGAGUACGCGCAGGUCCAGCGGUACAUGCUCCAGCAGAAGGACCUGGACAUCUCCACCCAGCAGGUCACUGAGCCGGGGGCAAACUUCUUGUUCUUAAUCGACCUCUCUCUGCCCAAAAAAGCGGACGCGCUGGCUUAUUUGGACGGCAAAGGUCCUCAGCCGGUGAGGGAGGCGACGGUGGUGGUCUUCCACGGCGCACGGGGCUACAUCAAGGAGUACGUGGUGUGGCCUCUUCCCAACCCGAAACACCACAGAGAUGUGACCACUGAGAGGUACAAGAGGGAGCUGCCCAUCAAUGCGCGCACGGUCACCGUCGGAGAAUACGUCCUGCUUUUCCAAUUCUUUGAGAAAAACUUGUUCUCCAAACUCAAGAAGCUCAUGAAAGAGAGUUUCGACGUUGGUCAGGGCAAGACGCUGAACGCACUCGAGCAGAUGCCGCGCGGACUCCGAUCUGGAGACAGAAAGACGUGGAUCAACUUCCUGAAGGACGUGAGCGGCAUGUACGUCAACCCGGUGGGUUUGAACGUGCUCAUCAACCACGAGAGCGUUAAUGCAUCCCACUGGAAAGUCGAGCGGUUGUUUUAUAACGGCCAAUACUUUGACAGUGUGGAAGAGCUGAAGCGGAAAUAUGACGCUGGGACUAUAAAGAAAAUAGUCUAUAAGGACUCUCCAAACCACGCCUCCCUGAAAACCAGGACCAAGCCGCUGCAAAUGGGUCCGCAGCUGUUUUACGCAGAGGGGAAGCGCUUCAGCGUCAGCCACAACCACGUCCUCUACCUGGACUGGAGCUUCGCUUUCGGGCUCAGCUCUCUCACGGGCAUGAAGGCGUUUGAUGUGCGCUUUAAGGGAGAGAGAAUAGCGUACGAGCUGAGCGUGCAGGAGGCCAUAUCUGUCUAUGGCUCCGUGACACCAGGCAUGAUCCUCACCAAGUUUGUGGAUUCCAGCAUCGGAAUAGGACGCUUUGCGCACGAGCUGGUCCGUGGCGUGGAUUGCCCCUCGGAAGCCACUUAUGUGGACACAUAUCGCUACAUAGAUGUCCCAGUCCCGGUCAGAUUUAGGAACUCCAUCUGCGUCUUUGAGCACAACAUGGGUCAGCCCCUGCGGAGACACUUCUCGGAUUUUUCGCACCACAGUUUUGGAGGAAUGGUUAACAGCGCGCUGGUGAUGAGAACCAUCACAGCCAUAGGAAACUAUGACUACAUGUGGGACUUCGUCUUCUACCAGAAUGGAGCAGUGGAGGUCAAGGUGCACGCGACCGGCUACGUCUCCUCCUCUUAUCUGGUGGACGGCAGUCUGAGAUACGGACACCAGGUAGCAGAAAAUGUCCUGGGGAACAUCCACACACAUUUCAUCAACUUCAAAGUGGACCUGGAUGUCUCGGGAUUAAAGAAUGUAUUCCAGACCAAAGACAUGCAGUUUGUUAACGUGUCUCUGCCGUGGAGUCCGGAUCGCUACGCCAUGAUCCCUGAGCUGGUGGAAAAACAAGUGAAAACCGAGAAGGAGGCGGCCCUGCGUCACCACACUAAGACUCCGCGCUACCUCCACAUCGCCAGCAACAAGACCAACCGCUGGGGUCACCAGCGCUCCUACAGGCUGCAGGUGUACACCUUUGCAGGGGAACACCUGCCGGAGAGCGAGGCUGAGGAGAGGGCCAUGUCCUGGGCCAGGUAUAAAGUUGCUGUCACUAAGCAUAAGGACUCAGAGCAGAGCAGCAGUAGUCUGUACAAUCAGAACGACAUGUGGAACCCUGCUGUCGACUUCAGCGAGUACAUCGAAGACAACGAAAGCAUUGAAAAUGAGGACCUGGUGGCCUGGGUGACUGCUGGGUUCCUCCACAUCCCACAUGCUGAGGACAUCCCAAACACUGUAACCGUGGGUAACGGGGGCGGGGUCUUGCUGCGGCCCCACAACUACUUUGACGAGGAUCCAUCAGUCAAUUCUCCCGAUGCGGUUUACUUUGGUCCUGGGAGUGAAGACAGCUGUGAGAACAACAGGAUGGCCUGCCUUGCUCAAGAGACCUGCAGCCCUGUACUGGAGCCCUUCACUUACCACGGCUUUGAGGGAGUCAUGAAGUUUGAGGAUUAGCAAUGAUUCACUGAUCACUGCUGGCUGACCUCAAUGUACACUGGUCGGUAAGGUUAUCUUGUUUUGGAUUGAUUGUAAAUCGAGAAGAUACCAAUUUAAUGGGGGGGGGGCACCUCAGUCCAGGAAGUAGCAGAUCCAGCUUUGGGGACCCGAAGCAGAAGAUGCAGAAUAAUGACAUCCUUUCUGUAGGAGCCUAAACAAAGGUCCUUGGUUAGUCUCUCUGGUUAGAUGUCACUCAAUCUUUAUUUAGAUUUCUUUUAGAUGUCACUCAUUCUUUAUUUUGAUUUUUUUUAGAUGUCACUCAUUCUUACACACUGGACCUUUAAAUGAAACAUGGUCUGUUUUUCUUCUCAGGCUUUUUGACACAGAAACAUAAAGUUACAUCUUUAUAUUGUUGCUUUUGUCAAGUUUUCCACAAACAGCAUUUGUGUGAGUGAACCCUGCAGAACAUAUGCCAGGCCUAUACAUGUCAAUGCAACACAAAUACACACUCACUCAAACAUUUGUAUACAUGAACACUGGAGAGAGAGAAUAUUAGAGUAUAUUGUUCACAGAGUUCAGACAUGAAGGUCCAUGUCUGCUGUUUUUCUUUGUGUUUUAAACACAACACGUGGAAACUCUGACGGUGUCUCUGCAUGUGCAGGUUAGUCCUGAGGACUAAGACAGUACAGUAGUAUUGUCUUAGUCUGACGUUCACCAUGCUGUAAACUCACAUGUCGCACCAUCAAACGCCACAAGACAAAAACACAUUUUCCUCAUUCACAUGUCAACACUGAAUCUGGAGUUUGUGGAUCAAACAAGUUGAUAGUAAAGUGAACUGAGCUGCCAAAGAGAUGGAAUACUUAACAUGAUGUAAUCCUGUCACUGAUGAUUCAUGUGUUCAUGUUUCUGCUGUUCUUAUUCAUGGUAUUCACUGGUAUUAGAAAUGUUCCUGUAGUUCUGAUGAAAUAAAUCAGAUUUUAAACGA